AUGCCGUACGACAUACCAAAGAUGACGUACAACACAAGCGAGGUAAUCAACUCUACAGGGCUAAACACGAACUGGACCACGCCCCACGCCCCCACCACCACAGGAGAAGACAACUACGCGUAUCUGGACAACUCGGCCAAGACCUGGUUCCCUGUAGACGAGAGCGUCUUGGAGGUUCUCAACCUAGUCUUUGAUAUUAUAGUCACCCAAACGUUUUGCGUGACGGGAAUCGUGGGGAACUUCAUCAGCAUCAUCAUCUUUUGGAAACUUGGCUUCAAAGACGUCACCAACAUCAUCUUGAUCUCCCUCUCCACGUCUGAUACGAUAUUCUGUCUCUUCCAGUGUUACUACCGGCUGCCCGAUAUUGUUGAGAUGUACGAUCGCUACACUGGCCACACUAUGCGAACAUUUCACUUUGUUUACUGUUCCUUCAUUCACCAAACGGCUAUAAUCAUCAGUCUGUUUCUUGUCGUAUUGAUUUCCGUUGAGCGUUGCAUAGCCGUAUGGCUUCCGUUCCGUGUCUCGCAGAUUUGUAAUCGGCGAAAUAUUAUAUGGGCUGUUGUAUUUCUGUACGUUUUAGGCAUAGUUCUAACGCUGCCUGCGCUUUUCCUGUACAGAUUAAAAUGGUAUGUUUCUAAACCAAAAAAUAUAACCUACGCAGCUUUAUUCUACACCGAUUUCUUCGCAAACAAUUUCGAAAUUCUUCUCAUCUACUUUACAAGCGGUCUAAACAGUGUGACCGCUAUAAUCCCUUUGAUCGUUAUCGUUGUUUUGUCCUACAUUACAUCUGCUAAACUCAUCGUGUCCCAGAGAAACCGCAAGAAUCUUUCUUCAGCCAAAUCAACUCCCAACUCUCGAGACGUCAAAGUCUUUAGGAUGUUCAUCACCAUCUGUGUGGUCAACGUGCUCAUCUUCCUGCCCACGACAGUCCUGGACAUGUACCUGUACUCCUCACCUGACCAAGAGUUCCUGUCUGAGAACUUUAAGACCGCCGUCAUAUCGGUCAAGAAUGCGGUGUAUACCUUUGGGCCAACCGCCAACUGGAUUGUCUAUGCUUCUUUAAGUUCAAAGUUCGCUGAAAGCUACAGAAACAUGUUUUGUUUUGGGAAGUUACGUAAGAAAUAG